AGCAAUUUGAGAACAAUCUAGGAGUGGACUCAAAUUGUCUAUGAACUACUUAACUGUUAUGAAGUAGUUUUGUGGUUGUUUUUGACAUUAUUAUCAUAAGGAUUUUUGGAUGACAGUUCUGUUUCUUCUUUGUCCUUCUCGUGAUUUGAGUUUCGUUAUGUUUGGGUUUGAGGAUCACGGUUAACCAGGCAAAAGCUAUUCUUGAGAUCUCUGAAGCAUUUCAGGAUCGCUUGACUUUUCGUGACCGACAUAUGAUAGUUUUGGUUGGCUGGGAUUCUUAGAUAUUAAGUCAAAUUUAUUGAAAAUACCGGACUGCCGCGGGUUAUUUAGUGUUUUGAAAACCUUGACCGGUUACCGGCCAUAUAGCCACAGUGUUUCACGUUAUCACGCACUUUAGAAGCCCAUACACGGGCACUUGAGGAUCUCCUUCUCAAAAUUAAGUGCUAGAACAGGUCUAGCAAUUUGAGAACAAUCUAGGAGUGGACUCAAAUUGUCUAUGAACUACUUAACUGUUAUGAAGUAGUUUUGUGGUUGUUUUUGACAUUAUUAUCAUAAGGAUGUUUGGAUGACAGUUCUGUUUCUUCUUUGUUCUUCUCGUGAUUUGAGUUUCGUUAUGUUUGGGUUUGAGGAUCACGGUUAACCAAUAUAUGCGUUAACAGGUUUUUGAGUGUUAUUACCUUUUUAAUGGGUUUGUCGACAAAAGUGUCAUCAAGCUUGGGGUUUAAUUAAGUUUGAUUGUCAGUUUUUAAGUGCGUACGUUUUGGGACUAUUGCUGACCUUGAUUAUUACCUACAUGAGAGUUCCUGUUUUGGUUUAAGAUUUAGUCUCGUGGAUUUAGCUCUCGAGCUUUCAUUGGUUUUCUUGUAGGGUUGUUUAUUCCACUUUUGUUAACAACGGGAAAUUCGUUAGAAGUCAUUCGGAAUAGCGUUCGUAACUCUCACGAUCAGCAACCCUAAACGUACCUGCGUUAUGCUUAUAUAAGUUGUAUAGUUGGAUGUUUAGGAGAGUGUGAUUAGCUGUUGUAAGAAGCUGAGCUGAAGACGUUUGUGUUGCCGCCAGUAAUUAAAGGAAGAAAGUAUCAAAGCUUUGUCAGAGUCCUGGAGUACUCUCGCUAGAAGAGCUGUCCCCGUCGAAGAAACCCCUAACUUAUUUGGUGGAGAAUCCGCUUAAAGAAGACGAUUGUGAGUGGAACUUUGUUAUUUUUAGCAUGCCUUUCUGUUGCAAGGUAGUUUAGUUCUUUUUGGCAUUUGUAAUGCGUCGUUUUUCUUUGUAAAUUUAGUCUUCCGUUAAACUCUGUUUUCGUUAGUGUUUCUUGCCGCUGAGAUGGGUCAAUUUCAAAGUCGGGUUUCCUGUUAGUGUUUUGGUGGCAUUUUCCUUUUCCCAUGUUUUUGAAUAAGUACAAGAUUUGUUCUUCAACUUUGGGACAAUUGGCUUAAUCCUGAUUACUAGGCGUAGAGCACGUGCCCUGGCUGAACGGGCUUCUAGCCAGGAAAAUUUGGGUUUGUCUCCGAGUUCUAAUGAGUGGCCUGCCCCUGCUCCACCCGUUCCUCAGUCUAGAGAAUCAUUGUUUCACUCGUUUUUAAGGUCAGUUAGGUCUAAUAGGGCCGAGGCUCAAGCGUUAAGUGCAAUUCCAACUCCUAGUGAAGGUUCCUCUAUAUCUUGAUGCUCUAGCAAUCAGAGCCUAAAUUCGCAAGAGGAGGUAAUUUACGAGGACGUAGUGCCGAAUGAAAUUAACGCUAGUCGCGAUAAUAUAAGUGUUGAUUCAACUGAGCGUAAUAGCGAUUCAUCGUCAGAUAGUGAGUUUAGUGCUUUGGAGUCAGGUGAUUUGUCUCUUGCCCCAGCCUCCGCCGAGAUGGAAAAUCAGGUUAAUCAGUUGUGUCAGGCAGUUGAGUGAAUGCAGGCGUCGAUUAACUCACAAAGUAGAAACGUCAGCGUUAAGUCGUCAGUUACUUUCCCAGUUUUUAGGGCUGAUGAGUGCGAGGAUGUUCAUGAAUUUGUUACGCGGGAUGACGUAGUCAGCCAGCGUUAAAAAUUCGGGAGCGCAUUCCUUUCAUCGUCUUGGGAGUCAAAAAUUGCCUUGUUUUUUUUUACUUUCCCGUAUCCCGAGCCCGUCCCGAUAAAAUUGUGUGAUCUUUAUUGGCUGCAACUUCGAAUCACGUGCAAGUCAGGUUGGAUUGCACAAAAAGAAAAAAGAUACUGCGUCAGCAAAGAAGGGUAAAGCAAGAUUACACCAACACAUCCCGCGCAAACGCCUUCGGGCGUCUUCUUGUUAGGAAUUAUAAAAGAGCUGGUCGUUUGAAUGGUGGGGACGACGUUAAUUUGUCCUUGGGUCUUCCACUCUAUUUAAAGGGUCAUGCUAGCUUGUGGUUUAACACGUUGCCUACACCAGAUGAAAUGUCUUUUGAUGAAUUAUCCGAGGAGUUAGUUACUCAUGUUGGGUCCGGAGCCAGCGAGUGGCGCGUAAGGCAGGCACUAGGCCAGCGUUAGCAGUUAGAAAAAGAAUCUGUUGCUGACUACUCUUAUAGUCUCCGUACUCACUGUGUUAGAAUAAACUUGCCUAGAACUGAAUGGACGCAUUAUUUUGUUCAGGGGCUUCUCCCCGAAAUUCGUGAGUAUGUAGUUUUGCAACAGCCUGAGAGUUUGAAGGUGGCUGAAAAUUAUGCAAAGUUAAAAGAGUCGCUAAAAAAGAGGAAUUUAGUCCUAAAGGAAGUGUCUGCGAAGAUAUUAGAGGAGCUUUCAAAGGCAAUCGGUUCCAAGGAUAUGUCACUCGCAGUUAGUGCCAUCAAUCAAAGAGAGCCCUUUGUGAGUAAGUCUGAAAUGAAACAAAAUCGGUUCCAGUAGGAUAUAGUUUUAAUCAACGCUAUAAACAGCCUUUAGGUUUGCGUUCUCGUUUUGUGCCAUCAAUCAAAUUGUUGUUCGAGGAGCCCAGAGUUAUUUUUAAAGGUCAAGGAGUUGGCAAUCUAAUCAAGUCGCGCCCCUGUCUCGUUGAAAAAUGAACCCGUGAUGGGGGCUUCAAAAGUUGAACAAAAAAGAGUUUAAAUUUAUCGUCCGGGGCGUGCAAAACUGAUAAAUCUGCUUUCAGUAAAGUGCGUCCUGAUGGGGUUUCUGUUAUCGCGAAAAAAAAAUUUGAUGGAAAAGUUGUUGGUAAAGAUAGAGACGAAGCUUCGUCAAAACAACCUUUGAAUCGUCAGACGUUUGUCAAUUUUCGCAGUUAAGUCAAAAUAGUUUUUCUAAGCAAGGCACGUGUGUUGAAAAUCUUAACAAUUAUUUUUGCUAUCACUAUUAAAAUACUAGAGUUGUUUGAAGGAAUUGUCACAAGCAUCAAUGAUGUUCUCAAUCUACCGUCCAUAUUUCAUAACAAAAGUGAGUGUUUUUAUUCCAGCACGAAUUCGCCAAUUUCUUCGGUUUCCUCUGUUGGAAAGGAAUGUCCCAAAUGUUUUUGGGGGAAUUGAAACAAGAAAAGCCCCAAAAUUUUAAAUGCGUUGUUCCCAAAGAAGGCAAAUUAACUUUUGAAAAGUUCGAUGUUAUAGUUGUUGAUCCGUUAGAUGUUGGUGAUGUUACGGUUAAAGAUGUUGUCUCUGAAGAUGUUUUGAUCAAUAAGAUAAGUGAUAGCGACGUGUAUUCAAGUGGUAAUGCAGUGAAUAUUAAAAGAGCAUCAUUUGGGUCUUCGGAAGUCGAUGAUUUGGGUAUUCUUGGUGGUGAAACAAAAACGCUGACCCGAAGUGAGGUUGGCUCGCCUGCGGGCGCUUUGUUGAUUAAUUCUCCGAGUGUAGGGGAUAAACUAAAAUUAGAUACUAUUAAUGGUAUUUGUGUUCCUUUCGUGGCCGAAAAUUCUACUUUGCCUAUUAGUAUAGCGGGUCACAAUUUUUAUUGUUUGAUAGAUUCUGGGGCUGCUUUCACGGCAGUCAACGCAAAAGUGUGGCGUGAGUGUUUGAGUCACGCUUAUCCGGGUCUGGACAAGUGUAGUUCAGAACGUGUGACUUCAGUAAAUGGGUGUCAAUUGACUACGAUUGGGAAGUUGUCGGUGGAAUUUGUUAUUGAUUUGCAUGCUUUUCCUUUCGAGGUGCACGUGAUUGAGGAUUUAACUUGCGACGUAAUUCUUGGUAGAGAUUUUCUACAAAAAUUUUGUUUCAAAGUUGAUUUUGAAAAUGGAAUGGUGAGUUUUUUUCCCUGAGUCUGAUCCUUUGCCUUUUAAGGAUGUUCAGUUAGAUGAUGUUGUUAAUCCUCACGAAACGUUUAUUUCUCCGGUGCAUGCCUCACGUACAUUCGUUAUUCCACCUCAGUCUGAAAUUCUGGUGCCAGGUAGGCUAGAUGAUUUGCCAGCAAGUGUGGUGAGUAUUAAUAGUGUGUUAGCCCCGAAGACUAAUCUUUGUCACAGGUAUUGAGUAUUUGGAGCUUCAGAGCUUGUCAGUGUUGCAGAUGAUGGAACAGUUCCUGUAAGAAAAGUAAACCCUUCCUCUCAGUCUCUUAAGAUUUACCGUAGGACUCGGUUGGCUAAUUUUGAGGAUGUAGAUCAAAACAUUGCGACUUUUGAGAUAGCUGCUUCGGAUCCGAUAAGGGAAUCCGUCUUUGCCUGAUUCAUGCAGUGACCAGUUCGAACAAUGUGAUUAUUCUGAAUUGCCUGAUUUGUCUGAGAGUGUUUUGUCUGAUGGUGAUAGAAUUUUAAUUCUAUCACAACAACAAAUUCCGAAACUUAAAAGUUUCGGAAUUUGUUCAAGAAGUAUCGUGAUGUUUUUGCUUUUCCUGGGGAUCAAUUGGGUAGGACUUCCCUUGUUCAGCAUGUCAUAGAUACUGGUGAUGCUAUGCCGAUUAAGCAAAGGCCAUACAGAGCUUCUCCUGAUGUUAAGAAAGAGAUUGACCGUCAAGUGGACGAAGUGCUUGAGAAUGUAAUUAUUCAAGAGUCUGUUUCUCCCUGGAGCUCUCCAGUUGUUUUGGUUAAAAAGAGGGAUGGGUCGUACAGAUUUUGUGUCGAUUUUCGAAAGCUUAAUAAGGUCACUAAACUAUAUAUAGCUUUCUGAUGCCUUUGGUGGCAGAUGUGCUGGACUCUUUAGCAGGCACGAGUCUCUUUUCUUGUCUGGAUUUAAAAAGCGGUUUUUGGCAAAUUCAAAUGAAUUUUGGCUCAAGGGAAAAAACAGCUUUCGCCACACAUAAUGGUCUUUAUGAUUUCUCACCAUGCCUUUCGGAUUAAGUAAUUCGGGAGCCAGUUUUCAGAGACUUAUGGGGCAUAUCUUAAGAGGAUUAGAGUAUCGUUAUAGUAUCGUUAUAGCUGUUGAAGAGCAUUUGUCUCACCAGGAGGACGUUUUUAAAAGGCUUCGUGAAGCUAAUGUCAAGCUUAACUCAAAGAAGUGCAAUUUCGUUAAGCAAAAGGUUGAAUAUCUUGGCCAUAUUGUGACUCCGGAUGGUAUUAGCACCAAUCUUGACAAAGUGCGCGUUGUACAGGAAUUCCCUACGCCCUCUAAUUUGAAAGAAUUUAGGAAUUUUUUGGGUCUUGCUAACUAUUAUAGGCGUUUUGUUAAGGGUUGUUCUCAUAUUGCUGCCCCUUUGAAUGCGUUGACUAGAAAGGGCGUUUCUUUCAAGUGGUCAGAACAAUGUGCAGUCGCUUUCGAUAAGUUGAAGCGUGCUUUAGUUUCUGCUCCUGUUUUGGCAUAUCCCAAUUUCUGCAAGCCCUUUCUGUUGCUCGUUGAUGCAAGUUCUACGGGAAUUGGUUUUACUUUGGGUCAAGUUCAAAAUGGAAAAGAAGUAGUGAUCGCAUAUAAUGGGCGUAGUUUGAAUCAAGCAGGGCAAAAUUAUAGUACGACUGAAAGAGAAGAGGGGAUUAAAAAGUUUCAACCUUAUCUUCACCGUCGUAGAUUUACAGUUGUCACAGAUCAUAGCUCUUUGCGUUGGCUAAUGAAUGUUAAGGAUGCGUCAGGUCGUCUUGCUACAUGGGCUUUACUUCUUCAACAGUAUGACUUUGAGAUAGUUCAUCGCCCCGGUAAGGUUCACGGUAACGCCGACAGUUUGUCUAGGCGUCCGUAUGUAACAUCUGAGUUCAAUUCCCUCCAGAGGGACGAUCCACAGGUUUCAAAGGCUCGAGAAAUGCAGAGGCGUGAUGUCGAGUUGAGUGAGAUUAUUGAUUUUCUUGAGAGCGAUGUGUUACCAUUUGAUGAUCGUGACGCGCGUAAGGUUUUGCUCACCAGUAAUGCUUUUUACUUUACCAUUUAGACUCUAAGCGCGGGAGUAAUUCUUAUGACUCAUUUUCUCAGCAUGUUGUGCCAGCGUCGUUGAGGUUUGAAAUAUUGUCCAACGUCCAUGAUCAUGUUUCCGGUGCGCAUUUUGGUGUACAUAAAACGUUUGCUAAAAUCAAACAGAUAUAUUGGUGGAAAGGGAUGCAUAAGGAUGUUGAGCAUCGGUGUAAGUCGUGUACUGAUCAUGAGUGUUCUAUGAGAAAGUCGCCUAGAAAUUCGAAGAAGGCGCCUUUGCUUCCAAUUCCAGUUGAGGGUGCAUUCGAUAGAGUAGCUGUGGAUGUUUUGGGACCCUUCCCAGCGUCAAAUAUGGGCAAUAGGUACAUUGUGGUGCUCAGUGAUUACCUCACUCGUUGGUGUGAGGCAUUUCCAGUUCCGAGUGUUGAAGCAACAGUAAUCGCUCGUCUUUUAGUUGAUGAGAUCAUUUCUCAGCAUGGUGCCCCAAGGGUAUUAUUUCCUGAUAGAGGGACAAAGUUUUUGUCCAAAAUUGUAACCGACGUUUGCAAAUUUAGUCUUCCGUUAAACUCUGUUUUCGUUAGUGUUUCUUGUCGCUGCGAUGUGUCAAUUUCAAAGUCGGGUUUUCUGUUAGUGUUUUGGUGGCAUUUUGCUUUUCCCAUGUUUUUGAACAAGUAUAAGUUUUGUUCUUCAACGUUGGGAGACUUGGCUUAAUCCUGAUUACUAGGCGUAGAGCGCGUGCCCUGGCUCAACGGGCUCCCAGCCAGGAAAAUUUGGGUUUGUCUCCGAGUUCUAAUGAGUGGCCUCAUGGUUUCAUGGUUCAUGAAAAGAUGGUCUGAAAAGGAGACAGUGUUUUCAACUGGGACAAGAACAGUAGUAACGGAUUUUACACGUCACGUCACGUUACUCGACCGGAGCUAUGUUGCGUGACGACACGAAAAUCUAUCCAGUAUAGUAUGAAGACCCAUUUGAUAUGCGACUCUUCACUUUAGAGAUCGGCGCGGCGUAGCUUCGCUCCGUUACAAAGAUCGCGCCGAGAUCACCGUUUUUAUUUGUGAACAGAAGCCCUAUCCAGUAUGGUUUCCGUGCCGGCGCAAAAUCUACCCGCUAUAGUGUGAAAACACACGAUAUGUGACUCUCCACUUUAGAGAUCCGCGCGGCGUAGCUUCGCUCCGUUACAGAAAUCGCGCCGAAAACACCAUUCUCAUGCGUAAACAGAAGCCCUAUCCAGUAUGGCUUCCAUGCCGGCGCAAAAACAACCCGGUGUAGUAUUAACAGAGGCUAAAACUGCCGAAAGUUUUCUGGUAUGGGACGCGUUCGUUCGAUUUCCGAAUAUUUUCGUUCUUAUUCUUUUGCUACGGAAUAAGUUUUCUCUUAAGUUGGGAUAAUUUUGGGUCCAGUGUUUCUUGGUGUUUUCAGUUAGAAAUCCAAAACAUAGAUUCACUAGCCACACGCUAUUAAAUCUAAAUUUGCAUUUUGAGGAAUUUUAUGAUUCCGAUCAAUUCACUUGAUGAUUCCCAUCACAUUUAUUUCUAAAACUCAAAUACAAUUUCGAAAACCUGCCGUCUUGUAUGUCAGCUCAGUUUCGGCUCUACUUACAACUCAUAACUUCCUGUAUAACAAGACACGUCGCGGUCGUUGCGGUAGAUAAAAUCGCUCACGUCCGAAGAGUGGCAAAUCGCUUGUGAUGUGUAAAAUUUUUAAAAAUCAAUUCGCAUAUUUCUGAACUGGGUAAAAUUACAGAAAGAAAGACAGUAAAUAUCUCUGGUAAAAUAAAAUAAUAUUAUUGAUAAAUAAAAAAAAUAUGCCUGGCAAGUUUCCUGCAUUCGACGCCUGCGCUUACGAGAUUGAUGAUCAGCGCCACGCAAAGACAGAGGAGGACAAUUGAAUUGUCCUCCUCUGUUCCUAAACCUCCUCGUUUUCUGCACUAAAAAAAUAAUAACACAAAAGUACAAAGGUCGAUGAGCCAAAAUUUCGUUCAAGUGAAAAGUUUUUAGAUGAUGAAAAUAUAAAUAAGUUGAAAUAUCCAGACCCGGCUGUGUGCUUUGAAGACAAAUAUAAUUAGGCAAUAAUCUACGAAACCGCACAAGAUGGAACUUAAACGAAGAUCAAAAAUACUGUGAACAUAUGCCAGCCCUGCGCAGUAAACAUUCUACAGAAUAAAGCACAAUUUCGAUUUGACUGACUGAGAAAUGUUCACAGGUAUAUAAAAUAUUCGAUAAGAUUUCAGAGUACCAUGAAAUUUUCGCUUUUUGCUAUUCUUAAGAGGCUCAACUGGAUUUUAGACAAGCUCAUAAAAAAAGAGACAGUUCUUGGCAAAGAACAAGGCUAAACAAAUUACAAGCACAAGGUUAAACAUCCUGCGAUAGUUACCACGGUCUUAAGAAUAAAAUUAAACAACACUCGCGCAGUUAUCGGAGUUUUGAUUAAAAGGAAGAAACAAAAAAAAACGGUCGAGAUUAGUUUGUGGGUUCAAUUUCCAAGAAGAUUAAUUAAAGCAAAGAAAAGCGAUCAUGGAUCAAUUCGAAUGGUAUCUCAGACCUUCCCAUAACUCUGCGUGGGCAUCGUGUCGUUUACGACUCCGAACAAAACCCCCUGAAAGAGAUGUCAGACAACGAACAUCUGCUUAAACACCUUUGAAUAUCUUGUUCAAUAUUGUAUCUACAAACAAGUCGGACUAUUUUGCAACCUGUGCGCACGUACGCACGUUCAAAACAAAGAAAAGAAAUAUUAGAGACGGACAAACGACAAAUAUGACAGGAAUAACGACGUCUACGUAAAAAAAAAAACUUGUUUUACCAACCCAAUUAGUAAAAAGGAAUCAUUCAUUCAUCCAUUUAUAAAAUUCCGUUCUGUGUGUUGCCUGGAGAUUUUAAGAAGGAAGGUAGUAAGAAGUACUCCAGUAACAAACUGGUAAGAAAUCUGGUAAUCGAUCCUUAAGCUUUGAGUCAAAAGAAAACUCUUCACUGAACUUUCACAAGAAAUGAAAUUUUAAUUGGAAUUUUAUCUUGGUUUUGCUCAUUUACCAUUCAAAUGCUAUAUGUCGGUUGCAUUGGGUUACCUAGUAAUUUGUCUUAAGGAGGAAAGGGCACGAAUCAAGAUUCAAGAAUCAAUAAAUGUCUGAUUUUCAAAAAUAAUCAUGCACAAAGUAACCAAAACACUAGGGUACGCCCCUGAAUGUUAAUUUUUUUCUCUUUACUUUUGUGUAGUUAUGAAAGGCAUCGAUGUUACUAGAAAGACAGCGUCUUCAAACUAGAGGCCAUUACGUGCUUUUAAUUAUAAAGCAAUCUGCUUAUGAGAAGUACGAGGCCACACUAGUAAUGGUGAUAAAACAGAGCACAAACUCGGGGGACGCUUAAGAGAAGGCGAGGAAUUGAAGAACAACGUUGUAUUGAUUACAACACAAUGAUCGACUCACAACUCUUUGAUCCCUUUUGUUUUAGAUCGCGCGAAACAUGAGAACUUCUUCAGGAGAACUGAUUCGAUUCUUUACUCCUGUGUUCGUGGGACAUCUAGUUUUCUAUUACACGACGGAGUAAUCUACAAAGACAUCGUGUGCUACGAUACUCACAAUGAACAAUUCUAACAUGUCUGUCCCAGAAUGCAACCCGGGUCCAAAGUAUUUGCUGUGGAGUUUACGCCUGGCUUAUUCAAUUAUAUGGUUACUUGGAACGUUUGGAAACGCCGUUGUUUGUUUGGCAAUUGUCAAACGUAAGCGACUACAGAACAGCUGUAACAUGUUCACCUUCAACUUAGCUUUCCAUGACCUUAUACUCGUCGCAGUAUACGUACCCACACAAAUGAUCGCAAUGGAAAACUGUCGUCACUGGACUCUAGGCAACGUUAUGUGCCACCUUGUAUACAUAAUCCUUCCCUUGUCUUUGUCAGUGUCCGUUGGUACUUUAUUAGCAAUAACGGCGGACAGGUAUCGUGCUAUUGUAUUCCCAAUAAAAGCAAAACUUUCGCGCAAGCCUGUGUUCAUCGUCAUAGGAGUAAUAUGGAUGGUUUCGGCGCUGACAGUACUGCCGCUUGUGUUUGUAAUAAGCCUUGUUUCACCACAGCCUGGAGUCUACUAUUGUGUUGAGGAAUGGCCAUCCGAUACUAUAUUAGGAGUUUACUGGCUAGCUAUGUUUUUUAUCCAGUAUCUUCUCCCAUUAUGUACCAUUUCAGUUCUCGCAGGAAAAACGGCGUGUACAUUGAGGAAAACGUCACUAGAGGGUAAAAUGGAGACCUGUACGCAAAGCGAAAUGUUUAGGAAGACUCUACGGAAACGCGCUAAACAAACAAAACGUAUCACAAAGAUGUUGAUUGCGCUUGUUUUGCUUUAUGCCAUCUGUAUGCUUCCCCAACAUGUGGUUUAUACUUUCUUGGGAAUAUACGGAGAGUUGUUUAACAAAAGUUACAAAGAACAGGCCAUGAUCAUCGCCAACAUUUUUCCCAUAGCCAACAGCGCACUAAACGCAAUAGCAUACGGGACAUUGAACAAGGAAUUUAAGGCUGUCUUCAAAGGUUUGUUUGCUUGCGUUUGCUUCAAGAUGAAUUACCAAGGAGAAUUAUUCAGAAGAAAUACGGACAACUCAGCGUCCAGGAGCGACAUGUCAAUUAUGAAGAGUAAACGAGGGAACCCUUUGCUCCUCAAGGGAAGAAAUGGAAGAGAAACAAUGACGUCACCUCUCCCGAAUAUGAAACUGCAGGAGACACGGGAACAGGAAAUCCAGGAACUAUCGUGCAACCAGGGGAGAUACCGCCGGGGAUCGAGAAGGAAAAACCCCGACUCCGACUCCGACAGAAAGCGACUUAUUCACGAAGUCGAGACGGUGCUGUAAUCCAGGAAUUAUCGUCAAAUCAGGGGAGAUACCGCCGGGGGCGGGAAGGAAACACUCUGAUUCCGACAUAAGACACAAAAAAGCCUUUUGCACAGGAUAGUCGCUUACAAAAGUCGGGUGAGAGAAUAGGAAUAAGGGUGGAAGUUUCCAUGUUGAAAAGGAGCAGAAACCAAUUGAAACGUGUUCAGCUUGUCUUUACUGAAUGAAGCUUUUACAAGGGGUGACUCUUUCCACAUAUCCUUACAUUAAAACAACGUGGCUAUCUAAUCUAUCUGCCUUGAUCGGGAGACUAGCCUAGGUACGUGAGUACGAAAGACACUCAUUUGAACAUCGAACCACCGUUUAGAGUGUUUUUGUCACAUACCAUUAUUACCAAAAGACCAGGAGCAGACACAUCUGUCUCAUAAUCAUGGUAAAAUAAAUCCGCAAGGUCCGUCAUGGCUGUAAAUUAGCAAUAAGUGUCUCAGUUCUACACAAGAGAUCUUUACUUGCAUUACCCUUCUCAUGCACUUUCGCUGAUUCGGCCGGCGAAGUCACUUUCCCGCCAGCGGUAGGUAGAUUGUUCCAGGAAAGUUCCUUUUUUACAUCGUGAAGCAGUUCAACGAUUUCUUCGCCCAAACUUUGCCGAGUUUUCUCAGUUUGUUCAGCUGGGCGAGCAGAUCCUGAAUUUUUUACUACGGAUGAGUUUUCAAAGCAGUCCAACACGAAUGAUAAUCGUUUAGUAGCAGAAAAACCUGGCGUGAGCUAAAGCAGAAAGGAAAAAAAACAUCGUUCUUUAUUCCCCCAGCUAAGAUAUUAAGAAAUAAGUUCCCCACAACGGUC